ACAAAUCGAAAUCGAGCUGUACAAAUGUGGGCUUCUUCGCAUCAUUAAUCAGUUAUUAAGAAAUCAGACGUGGAUCCAUGCCAUCCAGCUCCACUACACCCAUCGUUGUCAGUGACGACAGCGACGCCGAUGACUUCUUUCCUCGUAAAGACGUAUCUGCGAACCGGAGCGGGGAAAGCAAAGAGAGGAUAAGUGAGGAGUUUGUAAAAGGAGAGAAGGGUGGAGAUUUGAACUUAGAUGCAAGGGAUGCUAUCAAGACGACGCUCGCAAAGCUAGAUACUGAGAUUGCCGAAGUCGUUGCUCAGCUUGAGCCUCUGCAAGCUUUACAUGCAUCUCUCACCGCCGAACGUCGUGCACUAGAGUUCCAGUUAUCCUCAAUAUCUAGAAAUCCGUGCCCGUCGGACAGCCUAUUCUCCACUGCUGCCAAUACAAUCGACUACCAGUCAUCAUGUUUUCCCUUUUCUUCUGCUAUAGCUGCAACACUUAGAAACACUUUCAACCUCAACAAGUUCAGGCUAUGUCAGGAAGGUGUGAUCAACGCUGCUGUAGAUGAUCGAGAUAUCGUCUGUGUGAUGCCGACGGGAGGAGGAAAGAGCCUGACGUAUCAGUUACCGGCGGUGAUGGGUAGAGGUCUGACAGUGGUGGUCAGCCCGCUUUUGGCGUUAAUAUGGGAUCAGGUCAGAGCAUUGAAAGAGAUCGGAAUAGAGUGCGUGAUGUUGACUGGCAGUACAAGUACUCAAGAGCAGAAUGAGAUUUAUAAACGAUUGAGAGAUGGGCCGUCUCAUGGCGAAAAGGAGAUACGACUUUGUUAUGUCACUCCCGAGAAGGUGUCAAAAUCAAAGAGGUUCAUGUCUGUGCUAGAAAAGAUGAACCAAUCAGGCCGAUUGAGACGAUUUGUCAUUGACGAGGCACACUGUUGCAGCCAACUUGGACAUGACUUUAGGCCAGAUUACAAAAAACUGUCGAUGUUGAAAACUCUUUUUCCGCGAGUUCCUAUACAAGCUGUAACAGCAACCCUCAGCUCAAAAACGCUGCCUGACCUUCUUAAAAUACUACGUCUCGGACCUAUAACAGACGGACGCAGCUCGAAGACCACUGGUACAGUAUUCUUUUCCUCCCCCCUCUUCCGCCCCAACCUCCAUUACAAAGUCCUACCUAAAGCGUCAAAUGCGAAAACGGCCAUUGCAGAGAUGGGCAGAUGGAUACAGGAUAAACACCCUGGAGAGAGCGGGAUUGUGUAUUGUCUUAGUAAAAAGGACGCGGAAACAGUCGCAGAAGAGCUGAAAGGAUGGUCAAAUGGUAGUAUCAAAACAGGCGUAUACCAUGCAGGAAUAGAUGAUACCGAGAAAGAGACAAUCCAUGUUAAGUGGCGCGAAGGAAAAAUCAAUUGUAUCUGCGCUACAAUCGCUUUUGGAUUAGGUAUUGAUAAAGGCGACGUUAGAUAUGUCAUCCACCAUUCUAUGUCUAAAUCACUCGAGGGAUAUUAUCAAGAAACGGGACGAGCAGGGAGAGACGGAAAAGACUCUGACUGUGUGCUAUUCUAUCGUGGACAGGAUGCGACACGCCUGGCUGGGCUGAUCUAUACGGAUGUAGAUGGUACCGGAAAGCUGCAUGAAAUGCUGAGGUUUGCGCAGGACCUGAGAACUUGUCGAAAAGUGGCUUUUGCCAAGUACUUUUCCGCCUCUGCGCAUCUCUCCACUGCCUCAUGGGACAAUCCUACCUCCCUCUCUUCCUCAGACUCAGACUCUACUUCCACCUCACCUUGCGAGAUAUGCGACAACUGUCUCCGACCCCCUUCUUCCAUCUCUACCCGCGACGUCACCCUCGAAUCAUGGAAGAUCCUUCGUAUAGCACAAGAAGUCGUCAAGCAAAGUGGAAGGGUAACGUUGCCAAACCUUGCGAGCCUCACGAGAGGCCUGGGUGGAGGUAGUUUCGGGGUAGUCGGUGGCGGAGAAGGAAAGAAGGGGAAAAAGCAAAAAAGUACAGGGGAAAGGGGGUAUAUUGAUAUCGAAGAGUUUGGAGGAAAAGUGGCGAUGAGUGCUGAUGAUGUCGAAGUCCUGAUUAUUCAUCUCCUUCUCAUCGGCUACCUCCAAGACUCUUACCACGCCACCGCGUUCUCAGUCAACGUCUACGUCAUUCCGUCCCCUGCCGCUGUCCGUCUCACUCGUAUGGAGAGAGAAGAAAUCGAAGCAGGACGAGGAGUGAGGGUGGAGUGCACGUUCGCGGUCCCUCAGAGGAAGGAAAAGAAAGCUCCCGGGAAUGGUUCAAACAAGGUCGCUGUGAAAAGGAAGAAGGGAGAGGAGGACGAUGAGUUUGACCAAGCAGGUGGUAGUAGCGGUAGAAAGCUUGGGGGGAAUAUGGACUUUGUAGGCACUGGCGGAAGGAAACCCGGCAACGCCAAAAAGGCCAGAACCCAAACUCACCCACAAGAUGAAAACAGAGAAGAAGAAGAAUAUGAAUACUUUUCCGACGUCUACGGUGGUUUGUACUCCGACGGUGACAUCGAUCAAGAGGCGGAUCAGCAGCAUGGCGGUGACGGUGAUGAUUGGAAUGGUGAUGGCGAUGAGAUGGAGGAAGAUGACGAGCCGAAGGAUGAUUGGGAUGAGAUGAUUGGUGACGGAUGGAGGGAUGAAGGGGGUUGGAAGGUACUUAAUGCCGGUUCUGGCUCCGGUUCUGGUACUGGUACUGGAAGAGCGAAGGGACAAGGAGCCAACGGAGGCGGGAAGCAAAGGGCAGCCAUUGUAACCGACAGCGACUAAGUAAGGCGCUCUUGUACACGACUCAUUGUACAAAACAUCAUCCCAUCCAGCAUCAUGUUUCUAUCAAUAAUUCCUGUAUUUGCAUGUCAUGAUACCUGUCCCAUGUG